ACAUACAACAUUUGUGAUAAGCGUUGCUCGUCUUUGUGCAUUCAUAAGUAAUAUUCCUGUCUCUGGCCAAGAUUUGGAACAUACCAACGUGAUUAGCAUUAUCCGAUCAGUACAAGUACCAGAAUUCAUUCCAAAGUCAAAGACAAUAGUUACAGACGAAUCAGCAAAGAAGGAGGAGAUGGAUGCAUCGAUGGAAGGUAGCGAUUGUGAAGAAGAAAUGGAAAAAUGCAAGAAAUAUUUGGCAUCCUUGAUUGCAAACAAGCGAGCUCAAGAAGAAUGUCUGGCUAUGUCUGAAGUUGAAUUUGAAAAAGACGAUGACAGCAAUGGCCACAUUGACUUUAUCACCAGUGCAUCCAACCUGCGAGCCAAUAUGUACAGUAUUGAGAAUGCAGACAGAUUAAAGACCAAGAAAAUAGCAGGCAGAAUUGUCCCGGCAAUAGCAACCACGACAGCUGCCGUUUCUGGCUUG